AAAAUAAUUAAUAAUCAUGGAUAUUUCUGCCUUUAAAAUUUCGUCAUAUUAAAUUUUUCAUUUCCGAGCUCUUGAGGUUAUCGAUAAAAAUGUAUCACUUAAUAACAUGUUGGUAACAAUUAACAUCAGUUUGGUUUGUGUGGUCGGAACGAUGCACGUCUCAACGCAAAUGAUUGUGGUAGCUAUUUUGUUGACCUAUGGAACACUGACCAAUCAAACACCUGUGGAAAAUAUAACUAUAGAUAUUGUAACACCAAGCGAAACAACAGCGCCCGUGCUGAAGAACUGCACUACCGGGCACGGCACUGCGGGAGGCUGCGUGGAUCGGACCUACUGUGAUUACGGCACACCCGCUAUCGACUUCACAUCUUACGCACCGAAAGGGUAUCGAAAAUCUUGCAGUGACAAGGAAGUAUGCUGCCCCUUUAGUGCUCAAUUGCCUAUUCUGCCAAAAAAGAACACAACGGGUAAUGAAGACUUCGACUUUAAUGAUGAUGACGAUUAAAUAAAUAAAAUAUUUUGUA